AUGUCGUCAGUUACGUUUCGUCCCAGUGCUACUCUUGAACCAGAAGAUCACCACACAACAGAACUCUCUUCUCCGCCGCCAAUCGAAUCGCCAAGCGAUGGAUAUGGCAGUUCUCCCCCCAGCAACGAGACCAUUCGCUCGAUACUACGCGCCCCUUCUCCAUCCAACCAGUACCCCCUAUCUCGCCAAGUGCAGAAUCUAGAGCGGAGAGAGCGUGAGGCGCAACGCAAGUGCAGCCGCCUGGAAGAAAAGUGUCGCGAGCUUAGCCUGGCCUUGGAACGCAUGACGAAGGAAAGAGAUGAAGACAAGACGAGUCUCGAGCAGAGAUGCCAGCUUGCAGAGGCAAAGUCGAUUUCGGUGGAAGCAGAGCUGAAGAAACAGUACGACUUGUGCGUAGCAAAUUACGAAGCCUCUGAAGCAGAGCAGAAACUUGCCAUGAGCAAUCUCAACAGCCAGUUCGACAGGGAAAGAAAAAAAGUUGAGCAGUUGUGCGAAAAGAACCUGACUCUGCAAAACGAAAACGUCAAUCUCACCAUUGAGCUCGCCGCCAUGUCCGAUAAAUACGCGUCCUCGGAAAUGAUGCUGGAGGAAAAAACUCACGAGUCUCAUCUAUAUCGCUGCGCCUACAGCACAGUCUUCAAAUGCAGCAUUUCCGUCAAGGAGAAAUGUACCAUCCGAGAUGUUCUCGUGGGCGUCAUUGGUCGUAUGCGCGAUGAGAAACGGAGACAACGUGAAAGACGGGCAAACCAAGAUCAGAAUGAAGACGACGAAGCACAAACUGAGCAUUCUGCACAGGAAUCUUCUUUAUUCGUAUCUUCAAGCGUCGACGCCGCAGUUGAAGUGGAAGAUUCAAGCCUGGGCUUGUCAAACCCAUCUUCUAGGCGGAAAAGGCCAGUGAAGAACCUGGUUGAGGACGAGGUCUCUGGCGAAAUUUUAGAGGAUACAUCUCUGCUCGAGCUCCGCAGGAAGAGGGCUGCUGAAGCAGAAGAUUCGAGCUUGGGUUUGUCAAGCCCAUCUUCUAGGCGGAAAAGGAUACUGAAGAACCAGGAUGAGGACCAGUCCUCUGGCGAGGAUUCAGAGGACAUACCUCUGCUCGAGCUCCGCAGGAAGAGGGCUAAAAAGUUCGACCACGAUAUCGAGAUCCUGUGA